AUGAUUUUGCAAAAAGAUCGAAACGAAUGCCGCUCAUCGACUCCCCCAUGUGCAUGGGGACGAGAAGUGUGCGUGAAUACGAUUGGAGGAUAUCUUUGUCAGCCACUGAGACCCUUAUCUAGACGUCCCUAUAUUCGCGAAAGACCUAGAGUAGCGAGGAAGUUUGAGGACAAUAGAAGAUCAGCAACAAAAAGGUCACAAACCUUCAUUCCAUUACCAACUGCUCCUGCGGUAGAUGGACCUCUUCCGCAGAACUGUCCAGCCGGGUAUGAGUCACGAAGAGGGCAAUGCCUAGACAUUGAUGAAUGUCUUCUUCUGGCUGACGAUUGCCUCGAAUCCCAACGCUGUCUCAAUUUGCCCGGUUCUUUUAAGUGUAUCAGGACACUCUCGUGUGGAACCGGAUACGCUAUGGACUCAGAAACCGAGGAGUGCAUUGAUGUCGACGAAUGCAAUCUUGGUGCUCACGAUUGUGGGCCUCUGUAUCAGUGUAGGAACACACAGGGUAGUUACAGGUAUGAAUAAUG